GUUGACGUAAUUGACAGAUUACCGUGAAAUUUUAUUGAUAAAUUAGUUUAUAUAAUUUAUUUUAUCCCUCGUAAUGUCGCUUGCUUUGCCUAUGGAAUCUAAUCCAGACACUAUGAAUAAAUAUUUGUUGAAGUUAGGCGUUUCUGAAAAAUGGCGUAUGGUUGAUGUUAUUGGUUUGGAAAGUGAUGCACUAGCUUGGGUGCCGAGGCCUGUGCUUGCCGUUGUCUUACUUUUUCCACUGUCGGAAAUCUAUGAACAGCUCAGACGCAAAGAAGAAAAUAACUUGGUGAACAAAGAACCCCCCAAAGAUGUAUUCCAUUUGCGUCAAGUCCUUAGCAAUGUUUGUGGAACAAUUGCUUUGGUACAUAGUGUUGCAAAUAAUACACACAAUAUAGAACUGAAAGAAGGACCAUUGAAAAAAUACCUAAAAGAUGCUGAAGGUCUUGAUGCAGCAGCUAAGGGAGCAUUACUCGAGAAUUCUACUGCAAUUCUAGAAGCUUACAAGGAUAUUGUUCAUACAGGUUCUUCCGUACCUGAAGAGUCAAAUGAAGAUCCUAGUAAUCAUUUCGUGACGUUCAUACACAAGGAUGGAACGUUAUUUGAAUUGGAUGGCCGCAAGACUUUUCCCAUAAACCACGGGCCUACGACACCUGAGAGUCUGUUAGAAGACGCUGCAAAAGUUUGCCGCGAAUUCAUGGCACGAGAUCCUGACAAUAUUGGCUUUAAUGUCGUUGCUCUGGUGCCUUCUCUAUAAUUUAUCUGUCAAUAUUUAAUAGACAUAAAAUAUACGACUUAAUUAUUA